UGCUAUUUGAGAGUUGAGUGACAGUACAGUCAGUGCCAACGGAGACGCACUCAAUAAUAAACAAUAAAUCCAAAAUAUAAUGCGUCGAAAUGUGCGCCAGCAACAGUAUAACUGGGAGAAUGCGAAGUCAGACGGUAUGGAUGAUAUAUAUGCCGCGCCCGCUAUCGACGAUGCAUUUAUGGAAAUGGUGCAGUUUGCACACGGAUCUGGUAACGGCCACACAAAGAUGCCGCGCUCAGAGAACACUUUGGAGGUAAAAGUUCAGGAGGGAGACACAUUGCAAGCAUUGGCGCUGCGCUUUCACUGCUCUGUGGCAGACAUCAAGCGCUUGAACAAGAUUGAUCGGGACAAUGAGAUACACGCACAUCGAAUUAUUCGAAUUCCAGUUACAGUGCACAACGUACUGCUUGGGGCAAGUAAUGCGGAUGCACUGCCUGCCGUUCAUCGUAGCGGGAACAAUAGUCCCAGGCACAAUCUUGACCAAGAACCGGCCAUUGAGCGCAAUCCACUGGAGGAUGCACGCGUGAUGCUGGAUGAACGCCUUUUGGUGGCUGCUGUGAAUGCUUCUGGUACUGUAGCUGGCGAAGUUGCAGCAUCAGUUCGAAGGGAUGGCAGUAAAUUCUAUGAUGCCAGAUCGGGCUAUCCAGAUGAUGAGGCCAACCUGGAUAAACCUUUGGACGACAGCACGGCUCUGCUGGAUGACAUGCUGGUGGACAGGCAUGCGCCCAUUGUUCGUCCCAUUCCUGGUCCGUCGUUGCGGGCGAUUGACUGGUCUGGCUCUGACUGUGACAUGUCGUGGAUAUGCCUCUUGAUAUUUAUACUCGCACUCUGUUUUGUCAUCCCGUUGGUCUAUGUCAUAUACCUGGCGGAGCAUCCACAUCACAAUCACACCUCAUAGCCGAAAUGAAUGAACAUCCACUCGUUCCAUUCCAAGUGUGCUACGAUUUGAACUCUUCCCCCUCCCUCUUACACUUCAUUGCUCCGAGACGAAUGCAUUUCAAAUGCAGCAGCUGCGAGCCAUAGAAUUUAUUUUUAUAAAAAUAUUUAAUUCAUAGAAAUAAAGUACCAAUUGUGACUUGUACAAUACCUACAAAAUAA